CAGGGUUGUAGGAGUGUACAGUAAAAAAACAGCGUUCUUUCUCAUGCUAAGCAUCGUUGUCGUUGAAUGAAAGUGCGUAUAUUUGGAUAGAGGAACUAGGCUGAGUAAGAAAUACAUGAAAAGCAAAUCUGUGCACAUUAUCCCGUCUCAGUUGUUAAUCUCAUAAUUCAAAUAUGGUGUAAGAGUUACAAUCUUUUAAAGGCGCUAUUAGCUUUUUUAUUGUGCAGCACCUGCUAUGGACCUGUCAUUGCGCAGUUGCAAAAAGUUAGUUCAUUUGGACCUGAAAGGGGCACCUCCUAGAAUUGACUACCUAAUUCAGUUGAUCCAGUUAUUUGCUGAUCUUGGUGCCAAUGGCUUGCUCAUUGAAUAUGAGGAUAUGUUUCCCUAUGAAGGAGAGCUGAAAGUUCUGCAGUCUACGACUCAGCCUCCAUACAGCCGUGAGGAGAUUGCAUCUAUCCAGGAUGCUGCCAGUAAAAGAGGGCUGGAGAUCAUUCCCCUGGUGCAGAUGUUUGGACAUUUGGAAUUUGUCCUGAAGCACAAGGUGUUUAGAGAUCUGCGGGAGGUGGACUACUGUCUGGGAACUCUAAACCCUCACCAUGAUCGAGGAGUUAAGCUGGUGCUAGAGAUGCUAAAACAAGUCAUGAAGCUUCACCCUAAAAGUACCAACCUGCACAUCGGAGCCGAUGAGGUGUACAUGCUUGGUCUCGGAGAUGAGUCCAAACAGUGGUUAAGUGCUCCAGGCCGUAGCGUUCACAAACUGUUCCUCAGUCAUGUCAUUAAAGUGGCGAAGGGAAUUCAGAAAAGUGUGCCCAACCUUAAGUUGAUCAUGUGGGAUGAUAUGCUCAGGUCCAUGACCCCUGAGACCAUUAAAGAAAGCGGUCUUGUUGGAUUAGUGCAACCAAUGUUGUGGGAUUACAGCCCUGCUCUGGAUGUCAAAAACACUGUUGAGCUAAUGGAGCUAUAUAAGUCUGCGGGUAUGUCACAGCAGUGGGCCGCCAGCUCUUUUAAAGGCUCAACCGCCGUGCACACCUGUGUGACCAGCACUCAGCGGCAUGUGGACAAUCAUUUGCAGUGGCUCAAAGUGGUAUCCAGCCUGUCAGCUGGCAUUGAGCUACAGGGAAUUGCACUAACUGGAUGGCAAAGAUAUGACCACCUGUCUGUUUUGUGUGAACUGAUGCCUGUGAGUUUGCCCUCUCUGGCGGCUUGUUUGCAAACUGUUCUGCACGGGAGCUUUACUGAAGAGGUUCAAAUGAAGGUGGUUAAGACUCUUGGCAUUGUGGAAGUAGGAGACUUAGAGAGAUCGUCUUCCAAGAUGCCUUCCUCCUUUGUUGGGGCGAAACUUGCUGAACUCAUAGUGAAGCUGACGUCUUUGCUGGAGUCUGCAGAACUGAGACAAUUUCAGAACAAUAUGUUUGUGAGGGGCUGGUUCACGCCUUACCACAUUCAAAGGAAGACCGUUAACCCACUAAUUGCUCAACAGAUUAAAACACAAGCAAAAAUGAUUCUUGAUGAAGUGGAGAUUCUGGUGCAAGAGGUGAGGGGAGAGAUGUGUCUUCUGUACUCAGUCUCUACAGUUCAGGAGUGGAUGGACCAACAUGUCACCCCAGUGCUGGAGCCUCUGCGCAACCUACUGAGAGACACCGAAAGAGUUCUAAAUGAAAUGGGAUUCUGUACUUAAUCUACCUCUCAAUCUUAAUCUUAAAUUUGGUGCAUGAAUUUCAUUUGAAAACUUUCUUUGGUUCCUUUCAAUUUAAAAUCUACUUGCAAUGCAAUGUAAAACAUAUAGAACUGAGAUGGCUUGUGUUUGUGAAUAGCUAUUGUAUUCUUUAAAAAACAAAUGCAAAAACAAAUGGGGGGGGGGGG